AGCAUACCGUUCGCACUGCCACCCAUAGGUCCUCUGCGAUUCCUGCCCACUGUACCCAUAAGUUACGGUCAGAAUCGUACGGUAAUGGCCACACAGUUUGCCAGCACCUGCCCCAACCCGUUUAACCCGUUCAACAUCACCGAGGAUUGUCUGUAUCUAAACGUAUGGACACCUACGUUAAACCCUGGUGCAAAUUUGAGCGUGAUCACCUGCCCCAACCCGUUUAACCCGUUCAACAUCACCGAGGAUUGUCUGUAUCUAAACGUAUGGACACCUACGUUAAACCCUGGUGCAAAUUUGAGCGUGAUGUUUUGGAUUUACGGCGGUGGGUUCACCUGGUGGGGCACCAAUAUGUUUGAUGGGCAACAGUUGGCCAUCAGGCAAGUAGUGGUGGUUACGGUUGCCUAUAGGUUGGGCGCGCUCGGGUGGCUGUGCACAGAUAGGGCCGACGCGCCCGGCAAUAUGGGUUUAUACGACCAGUUCACCGCGCUACAAUGGACAAAAAAGUAUAUUGCUCAGUUUGGCGGCAAUCCAAAUGAUAUAACAGUGUUUGGCCAAAGUUCGGGUAGUAUGUCCGCCAGCGCCCACAUACUAUCCAAUAUGAGUAAUGGUUAUUUUAACAAGGCCAUCUUACAGUCCGGUGAGUAG